CCCAGCACCUUUGACCUAUUCUAGGUAUUAUUGCUCCCCUCUUCUCUCCUCUACCUCCUUUUCUGCCCUCGAGCCAGAAUCCUCCCUGGCCCCAUAGGCCUGUGUUGGUGCCGCGCUUUACCCUCCGCACCAUAGACGGUAUUUCCAUUAAGUUGCUAGAUUAAUCGCAGAGAAAGCAGGGCAGGAUGGUGGCCACAGGAACAACCGUGAAGGACGUGUCGCCGCACGCGUUCGUCAAGGCGUAUGCGGCUCACUUGAAGCGCACAGGCAAGGUGGAGGUCCCCACAUGGGCUGACAUCGUCAAGACAGGAACCUUCAAGGAACUUGCGCCCUAUGAUCCCGAUUGGUACUACAUCCGCGCUGCCUCCAUGGCUCGCAAGGUGUACCUCAAGCCCGGGGUUGGAGUCGGUGCGUUCAAGAAGAUCUACGGCGGGCCUAAGAACAACGGCUCGCGGCCGUCGCACUUCCGCAGGAGCAGCGGGUCCGUGGCCCGGCACGUGCUGCAGCAGCUGGAGUCGAUCGGCAUCGUGGAGCAGGACGCCAACGGUGGGCGUCGCAUCACCUCGGAUGGGCAGCGUGAUCUGGAUCGCAUUGCUGGCCGGGCUGCUGCCGCUGCUGUUGAGGGUGCGGAGGAGGAAGAGUAAACUGCUCGCUCUGCAUCGUGCACAAGCCUGUUGUGUAACAAAAUUUAGAGCGCUUUUGAAAUGUCAGCUUCUUGUUCCAUGUGAGAUGCGCAAUGUCAGCUUCUUGUGCAUUGAAAUAUGAUGUGGAAUCAACAGUACAUUUGAAGCUGCAAUGCAUCAUCCAUGGCUCAGUAGAAGUUCAUCUACAUCCUAUCUAGAACCAUGAUAAAUGUAUGUCUAGCACGAGUAUAACAUGCGUCCGAAAUCAGUUUCCCGAAAUGGUUACGUGUUGCUGAGGAUGCUGAGCCUAAACCGGGUACAGCCCGAAUUGUUCCACCUUCGCUGGCUCUGGUGGGAUGCAACAUCAGCAGCUAACAGAGACAACAGCACCAGAGAAGCAAUACAGCAGACACACACCCAGACCAGACUCGCCAGAGCAGUAAGGUUGCCUAGUUGAGCCUAGAUUACUCCAGGAUACUAGGCCGGAUUUGAUCCGAAGCUCCCAUUCGGAACAGGCGCAUAUUGCGAAGGCUUUUAUUGAUCUGCUUUUUAUAAGCUUCUGACAAGAUGCAGGGCGCCGAAGUUUCGAAGCAGGUGCAGCAGAUGGUGGAGUUUAUUCGCCAAGAGGCCGAGGAGAAGGCUAACGAAAUCGGUGUUGCUGCGGAAGAGGAGUUCAACAUUGAGAAGCUGCAGCUCGUAGAGGCGGAAAAGAGAAAGAUCCGUCAAGAAUACGAGCGCAAGGAGAAGCAGGUCGAGAUCGCGAAGAAAAUCGAUUAUUCCAAGCAGUUGAAUGCGUCGCGCUUGAAAGUGCUGCAAGCUCAGGACUCCAUUGUGAAAGAGAUGAAGGCUGCAGCGGAGAAGGAGCUCCUGAAGGUCUCUAGCGACACUAAGAAAUACACUGCACUGCUGAAGGACGUGAUUGCUCAGGGCCUUGUACGCCUGAACGAGUCUGCCGUGCAGCUGAGAUGCCGUGAGGCUGAUGCUGCUGCUGUGAAAGCUGCUCUGCCUGGCGCCAUCCAGGAGUAUGUAACAGUUACCAAGCAACCAGCGCCGACCGUGGAUGUGGAUGGUGCCAAGUUUCUGCCUGCUGCACCCCAUUGUGCUGGAGGUGUUGUGAUGGCUUCCAAGGAUGGCCGGGUGGUCUGCUCCAACACACUUGAUGCUCGCCUUGAGAUUGCCUUCAAGCAAAAUCUCCCUGCUAUUCGUGCCUCUAUGUUCAAGACAAGUGUUGUUUCCUAAGCUGUGCUCCACCAUGCAAUCAAGAAGGCCGUGAGCAGCAGCACUACUGUUUUCGGUUUCAUGGCUCCUAUGCUGGGAGGCUACCUCAGUUCGACCUAUGUAUGUAGAAAGAUAGCCAAACCUUGCGUUUGAUUGGCCUUCAGACAGAGGUUUACCCCAACCAAAUACAAUCACGUAAUUUUCAGGCCAGAGGAUGUUCCCCGGUCAUAAUUGUUGUGGCAUGAAGACUCACUGGGGUGCAUGUAGUCCCACUACUGGUACAAGGUUGCUCAUUAAAUGUUGAAAAUAUUG